CUAAUUCCUCGCGUUAACUGUAAAAGUUGUUUACUAAAAGGUAGCUUUCGAGGAAGCUCCAUAAACACAGAUUAUACAAGAUAUCGUUGAGAAGAAAUUUGUGAACCACGGCGCUGAAUACACCGUCACCGCUGUACAGAAAUGGGCUGGGUCUGUAACGAUUUGUCGACACUUAAGUUAUUCACAUUCGCAGGCGUUGUGUGUAUAUGGCUUGCUGUAUUCUACUACGGGCCCCGUCAUCUGUUCGCUGAAGCUGCUAACCCUGUGCCUGGUGAACUACCGAGUGCAUUCACUUCCACUCAGACUCUAAGCAAACUGCGGAGCUUGUUAUGUGGAAGAUGUAGUCAUCAUGCUCAAAAUCGCCUGAAGCAAAUAUGCCGUGACUAUGGAAGGAAGGACGUGUGUUACUGGCUAUGCGGAUGCAGCAAUUAUGACAAGAAAUGUCUGGCCGAAGGGAUCUGUACAUGUCCGUUUAACAUUGAGGAAGGUUGCUCAAGGAGUCAAACGCUGUGCGUGUUCGACGAUGCGUUGAUAUGCUCCACACCAAAAGACAUAUGUGUCUACUACGAUGAAAGGAAAACGCAUUGUGAAUGCAGAGGGGGUUGGACAGGGGAAAACUGUCAAACAUGUGGUGAUGGAUCAAUAAACUGUGAGGUGGAUGACAAGUCCUCUGAGACUCCAUCUUCGGGAUCUGAUCUGACCAUCAAGGUGCUUGUUAUAGCAUGUGUAGUUUGUCUUAUCCUGGGCCUGCUACUAGGUAUUUUCUGCAUGUGCCGCACAGGAAAACUUGUCUGUAUCACUACAACACGGAUCAACGAACAUGUAGAAGAGAAAGAUGAAACUGAAGGACGCAGACAGCCCAAUCCUCCAGUAACCAGGCAGCAAUCCGAACAUCGGUAUUGUCCCAUCAUUCAGUAUGCUGUUCCUGAUCAUUACCCCACGGCUAGUAGUCAUCCUGCCUUAGAUAAAGCCUCCGACAGAGGGUACACAGAGCCAAAUACCACACACCAUCAGCAAUCAAACACUAGGCAUGGGAGAGAUCAGGGUAACUACUACUUCAAAUUAGAGUCUGCCUCUCCGAUUGUCACUUACGAAAGUGUUCCCCCGGGAAUGGAAAAAAACAGCAAUUCAGCUGCUACCUCACUGACAGAAUCCAAGGAUGAAUUAACACAAUUUGACGUCAUCACCAAAGAGCUGGAUCAAAGUCCCGGAAACAGUGAAUCUAAAUUUAAUGCCUGCCAGUCUAACCAAUAUGAUCAUCUAAAACGCCAGAUGGACGUCAAUAUUAGCGACAAAUCCCGUAAUUACAGCCAUAUAGCUUUACAAGAGUUUCUCUAGGUUGCUUGCACAUUGCUGGCUCCAAAACACUAAAACGGUUCUAGUUGUAGAAAACGUUCAUCACCCCUGCCUUUAUUUAUUAAAAUUUGAUGAACAAAUCAGAGCUUGUUACUUUCAUACUACUGAAUAGUUUGGUAAUUCAUUUUAUUAUAAACCGUAACGUGUCGUUGACGUCCAAUGUCCCAUUUAUUAGCUGAAUGAGAGGAACGUGUCACGCAAAGUCCCUCAUUUUUCAAAACCACGAUAACACUGCAUGACAGAUAUAAUCGUGUGGGAGUGUCUCCUGGAAGGUGUUUGUAGGCUUAGUUCGUUUUAACGACUUAUCAUCUGGUUUAAACAACGUAGCUAUCUCGUAUAAACGACAUUAUCAUUUAAUUAAUCCUGAAAGAGCCGGGUUGUUUUGGCUCAAUCUCGUAGUCAGUGGGACGGAUUCCGCCCUCCCCCUCCUCUUAAGAACUCGGCUAUGCCACAUUAUAAUUUUGUUGAAACAUGACAUGCAUGUUAAGACACUCCUUACAAUAACAAAUUUGAAGUUUGAAGUCAUUCAGACAUAUAUGGUUUUGUUGGUACGACCUCCUAAGUGUGGUUACCUGUAUCGGAACAGUCCCGGUAGUCAAUUUAAUAAUGCGGACGCGCAAUACAGUUACACUCAAUGACCCUAGUCGGUCUCUAUUUUUUUUAUCUCAUCGUUACAUUCCACUGUUGGUUGCGACUCUCGCAUAACAAAUAUCAUUAUUGAAAUUAAAUUUAUUUUAUUACUAUUAUUAU